CCGGAAGCGCUAUCUCCGAAAUCAGACACCGGUUUUGAAAAGAGGUUAUGUAUUGUUGAAGUUGACUGUUGGGACUUGGGAGUUGUUUAUUGACUUUACAAUGCUUCUAAAAAUGUGAUUGAUUUUAAAAACUUCCCAAAUUAAUUCGCGAUUAGUCAUAAUGUCACGAAUAAAGAUAUUCUUCUUGGGAUCUAUUUGCCUGCUAAUUGUAUUUGUGAUAUUUUUCACUUCCGUUGAAUUGGUUUUAUUUCUGUCUAGUCUUCCAAACAAUAGGACAUUGGAACUCAACGCUAGUAGUUCUAUUUAUGAAGAAUCCGAAGAUGUUAUAUCAGCAGCUACUACCUCAUCGAUCAUUGACAUUCUGCUACUAUGUGGCUUUAUGAUACAGCAUUCAUUUUUUGCUUCUCCAAUAAAAAAAGUGAUGUCAUACUUUUCUCUAAACUGCAUGGAUCGACUCAUCUUUAAUUUUAGUACAUGCAUAGCACUGCAGCUAAUAAUGCACCUAUGGCGACCCAUACCACACUAUGUUUUCUGGAAUGUGGAUAUAAUCGAUAAUUUCACGGCGCUGGUCACAUUCCAAGCGGCGCAAAUUGUUGGCUGGCUGAUUAUCUAUCUCAUGUCCAUGUUUCAUAAUCCGGCCGAAAUUAUUGGAGUCAAACAGUUUUAUUACCAUGUGACGGGACGCCAAGACCCGGUUUCACUCAAGUCGAGCAAUCUGCAACGUCUGCAAAAACACAUCCAGCAUCCAUCUUUGCUAGGAUUUUUCAUUGUUUUCUGGGUGUAUCCUCUCAUGACUUUGGACCGAAUUUUCUUGGCCGUUAUCUGGACGGUGUACAUGUUUUUGGCUUGGGAGCCGACCGACCAGGAUUACAAUUAUGUUGUGCAGCAGAGGAAUAAAAAGUGCAUGUCUUAGAUUUGAACUGAUUGAAAACUUGAAAAGUCUCAAAAUGUCUACUCAAAGGUACUUGAAUUUGAAUAUCUAUAUUGUACUUCUGAAAAUGUAACAGGUGAGAUAUAGGGACACAGAAUACAUACAGAAUAGAAAGUUCCAACCAAUGCAUUUUACAUGACGCCAAGACUCGAGUGCACCAAGACCACGUCACGUGACUGCGCCAUCUUGUUAGAAAUUAGAAUUACCGCUACUAUUACUAGUAGUUCUGUGAACAGUA